CUUCUUAACACUGAUUUGCAUUCAGCUACGAAUGAGUUUAUUAAUGCGUUAUUUUCUCAUUUUCUUUACCCACUAAUUUCAAGACCAACUCGACUUACUUCGUACAGCGCCACCCUGAUUGAUAACAAUUUUACUAACAACAUUUCUACCUCGUGUGACAAUGGACUUGUUAUUAAUGAUCUGUCUGACCAUGUACCAAUCUUCACACUCUGUUACAGUGAAGUUCAUUCUUCAACAAUUAAGUCUAAGGAAAGUGUUGCCAUUCCCAACUUCUCUAGUCAGAAUAUUAAUGCAUUUAACAACCUUUUGUGUGAAUUCGUGAUGAAAACGCCGCUUACAAUGGGUUCCUACAAAAAUGUACUGAAUUUUAUAACAAGAGUUUUCCGGUAA